ACGGAAUCCAGAUGCAAGGUGCUCCUGCGAUAUUUCCCGCAGGAAUCAAAUAGGAAAACGUACAUUGGGCGAAUUGGCCGGGGGCAUGAUAUCCGGGGUUAAUGGCUGGGUUGGUCGUGAGAAGGCGCAGAAACGGUGCGCCAGAUGGGAGAAGGCAUGUAGCGAGCGACCUGACGCCGGGGUAAAAAAUCAUAAAAAGGUGGAAAGAACGGCGUGGAUAGCAAGAAAAUGAUGAGGAGGCGAGAGGACGAGAUGGGGGAGCGAAAGUGAUGGAGAGAAGUGCGGAGUGAAGAAAAGAGCGAGGAUAUUCAAACUUGGCCGACUCUGAAACGGACCACGAUCUCUGCUGCUCAACAUCUGAUCCUCUCACCCGAGCAUCCCGAAUUGUAUACAAAUUGCGCCAUCUUUUUGACCGUCUCCUGGAGUUUCUCGACUUCGAAUGACAUGCUUAUGGCCAGGAUUACACUCUUUGCCUUCUUCAGCCUCAUUUCCUGGCUGUGUCGCUAUCGCCACUGCCCCCAAAAUCACCACCGCACCUUUGCUACGUGUUUCAUGCUUCUAACAAAAUCGUCGAUGAUUGUGUUCUUCAGCGGAGCCAUGUAUCCUGAAUCGCUCCACCGCCGGUCCGAAGGCGAUUCUUCCGAUUCGGUCGUUUGUCCAAGUAUACGAGGUCUUGAGCGCCAUGCAGACCAGGUUCUCGGAGCGUUGCAUUUCUCCUAAAACAUACAACACUGCCAUCGCAUAUUCUAGGGUCCCAUGAGGCUUACCGGUGUUCAAGUGUCGUUGGUCUACCAAUUUAGUUGAAUGAUUGGGGCUUGCCCUCGGCCUCCUUUUCUCUGCUCCCAGGCAACUUGAGCAGAAGGUCAACAUGCCUGGAACUGACCAAAAUCAUGGCCAUCCAAAGCUCUCGCAUCGUGUCUGAAUUCUUGACCGCUAAUACCGUUGAUCGAGAUGAUUCAACGAGAAGGAGAUGAUACUGCGGUUCUAUAUGGACCUGCUGCGUUAUUGAGCGAUCCAAAC